CAGAAAACACGAUCGGGGUGGUUUGGGGAGAAGUCGUGUUCAUAUGCUUCCCUCCUUUUUCUGACAAUACAGUUCUGCAGAAUUCAGCAAGAAAAAAAACCCUCUUUUUUCUUCAUCAAAUUUAUCUUUUUUUACUACCCUGCUUGUGAAUUCCCCGUUUUGCCCCUUCCAUCACCACCAGUCAGGUCUCUGUUUCAUUCAGUUUUUCUCUCAUUCUUCCAAAACCCAAAUUUCUCUCUCUUUAGCAAACAUAACAUCUCACCAAAACAGAUUACUGUGUUGUUGAGUUUCUGUUCUUUUUUUCUCUGUGUUGUUCUUUCCCUGUAUAAACACACACACUCUCACAUCUCUGUCUCUCUGCAACCGACAACCUCUGCUUCUCAAUUCACAUCACUUAUGCUUCAUUCUUAUUAAGGGGUUUUUGUUCCUGAAAGAAUUGAAUAUGCCGGGAAUUGUUAGAAACGGGGUUCAUCAUGAUGAAGGUGGGAGUAAUGACAUGAAUGGGGACCAUGAUUCCACCUCUAAGGAACCCUUGAAUCUGGUUAAGUCCCCGAGGGGUGGUUCCGUGAGUCCGCAAAGAGGCCAGGGUGAUGAUGGUGCUAAUUUUGGGGGUGAUGAGGUAGUUGAGCCCUCCAUUGAACAGCUUUAUGAGAAUGUGUGUGACAUGCAGAGUUCCGAUCAGUCGCCAUCAAGGCAAAGCUUUGGAUCAGAUGGCGACGAGUCUAGAAUUGAUUCAGAGUUGAGGCAUCUAGUUGGAGGACGGAUGAGGGAGGUGGAGAUAAUGGAGGAGGAAGUGGGGGAGGAGAAAGGGCUGCCAGAAGGGAGUUCAAGUAGUGAAAUAUCUUCUGCAUUGGGUGGCUUGUCCAAUGAUAAGAAGUUGAAUCAGGUGGAUGAGAUUCAGGAGGUUCAGCCUGCAGCUACAAGUUCUGGUUCCUCAGAAAAAUCUAUCAAAGCAUCGAUUUCAAUGGUGGGACCUGAUAAUACUUCACCCAAAUCGACUUCCAAGGGAAAAAUUCCUCUUUCAAAAGCUCCCAUUCCAAGAAAUAAUGGUAAGCCUUUGAGGAAACAGAUUAGUGGGGCUACUACUGGCGUGAAGACUACUAAGAAUUCUCCUAUGGGUAAGUCAGUGUCACGAAACCGAGCUGAGAGUACGGCUGAGUCGGCAUUAGAGAAACCUGAGCGGGCACCGGUAUUGCUAAAGCAAGCAAGAGAUCUGAUUUCAUCAGGAGAUAAUCCACAUAAGGCUCUUGACUUGGCUCUUCAAGCAAUGAAACUAUUUGAGAAGUUUGGUAAUGAGAAACCAAGUUUGGAGCUGGUUAUGUGUUUACAUGUUACAGCAGCGAUAUAUUGCAGUUUGGGUCAAUAUGGUGAGGCAAUUCCGAUUCUUGAGCGCUCAAUUGAGGUUCCUGUUAUUGGGGAAAGCCAACAACACGCCCUUGCUAAAUUUGCUGGUCACAUGCAAUUGGGAGACACCUAUGCUAUGCUGGGCCAGCUUGAGAAUUCAACAAUGUGCUACACCACUGGGUUAGAAGUUCAGAAGCAGAUUUUGGGAGAGACAGACCCUAGGGUUGGUGAAACUUGCCGGUAUGUGGCUGAAGCUAAUGUUCAAGCUUUGCAAUUUGAUGAAGCAGAGAGGCUGUGUCAAAUGGCUCUUGACAUUCAUAUAGCAAAUAAUUCAGCUCCAUCUCUUGAAGAGGCAGCUGAUAGGAGGCUCAUGGGCCUUAUAUGUGAGACAAAGGGAAAUCAUGAAACAGCUCUUGAGCAUCUUGUUUUAGCAAGCAUGGCAAUGGUAAGUAACGACCAAGAAGCAGAAGUGGCAUCUGUUGACUGCAGCAUUGGAGACACAUACUUAUCCUUGUCUCGAUAUGAUGAGGCUGUCUUUGCAUAUCAGAAAGCGCUAACAGUUUUCAAGACCAGCAAAGGAGAGAAUCACCCAGCAGUGGGAUUAGUCUUUGUACGUUUGGCGGACCUGUAUAACAGGACAGGGAAGAUAAGGGAAUCGAAAUCAUAUUGCGAGAGUGCACUUAAAAUAUAUGAGAAUCCAAUGCCUGGAAUUCCUCCGGAGGAGAUUGCCAGUGGUCUUACGAAUAUCUCAACUAUCUACGAGUCAAUGAAUGAGCUUGAACAUGCACUCAAGUUACUGCAGAAAGCACUAGAGAUAUAUAAUGAUACCCCUGGUCAGCAAAGCACAAUAGCUGGAAUUGAAGCUCAGAUGGGAGUCAUGUACUACAUGUUGGGGAACUAUUCCAAAUCCUACAACACUUUGAAGAAUGCUAUUUCAAAGCUUCGUGCUAUUGGAGAAAAGAAAUCAUCCUUCUUUGGUAUUGCUCUUAAUCAAAUGGGACUCGCCUGUGUGCAGCGUUAUGCCUUAAGUGAGGCUACAGAAUUAUUUGAAGAAGCAAAGAGUAUUUUGGAACAAGAAUAUGGACCGUAUCACCCAGAAACACUUGGGGUCUCUAGUAAUCUUGCUGCCACGUAUGAUGCAAUUGGCAGGCUGGACGAUGCAAUACAAAUUCUGGAGUACGUUGUUAACACGAGGGAGGAAAAACUCGGGACCGCAAAUCCUGAGGUGGAUGAUGAGAAGAGAAGGCUGGGUGAGUUGUUGAAGGAAGCAGGUAGAGUUCGGAGCAGAAAAACCAGGUCACUUGAGAACCUUCUUGAUGGCAAUGCUCACGCUGCAAACAACGUUGUCAUCAGGGCAUGAUGAGGAUGUCUGUCUGUCAAUGACUCAUGAAGGAAAAUCGGUGUUUUGCAGGAACUCAAAAGUGGAGCAAGCUAAAAUGUAGAAGAGAUAAAAAUGUCCGGACAGUAUUAAUUUAUUGGGUACAAUUGAAUGAUUGAAGAGUGUAAUUUUUGUGCUUAAUUAUUGUUUAUAUGAUAUGAUGUAAGUAAUUAUGGUGUAUAGAUACUCCCCUUUGUUUGUGUAUACAAAAUUUUUUCUCCUGGUUUCAUACAUCAAGAGGACCUUUUUUCUCCUUUU